AUGCCAAGGGCGCCCAACGAUGAGGAGCAGCUUGAAGCCCUCGACAUUAUACACCAUUGGUUAAGUUUGAUGUUGGACAACAAGCUGUACCUCGCACCUAUCGGGGACAACCCUCAGAACAUCCUUGAUGUUGGAACUGGGACUGGAAUCUGGGCCAUCAACAUGGCCGACGAAUUCCCCUCAGCUAAAGUCAUCGCUACCGACAUCACCCCAACUCAACCAUCUUUCGUGCCACCCAACCUGGAAUUCCAGAUCGAUGACGCCCAGAUGGAAUGGACCUUUGAACCAGAAACCUUUGACUUUAUCCACAUCCGUUAUCUGCAGGGAUCAAUCGAGGACUGGGACAAGCUCUACGGUCAGGUAUACAAGGCUCUCAAGCCCGGAGGUUGGUUUCAACACAUUGAGCCUGAUCUCCAGAUGCUGUCUCAGAACCCGGAUGUUGUUGUUGAUGAUAAGCAUAUCUUCAGCCGAUGGGCUCAAGUCUUCAACGAAGUUGGCCAAAAGAUGGGCCGAACAUUCGACUUCACCGAUCGCAAGCAAGAGAAGAUGGCCAAGGCCGCAGGCUUCUCCAGUAUCACUUACCAGGCUCACAAGAUCCCCGUCGGCCGGUGGCCUAAGGAUAAGAAGAAGAAGGAGCUGGGAAGCUUUGUCGGUCUCUCCUUCAGCCAGGCACUGGAUGGCUUCGUAAAGAUGCCCCUGUGUGAGAUCCUGGGUUGGAGCCCUGAGGAGAUGCAGCUCUUUGGUGUCGAGAUGCGUAAAGUUCUGAUGGAUCCAAAGACACAGGCGACCGGCUGUGUUUUCAGCAUGUAUGGCCAGAAGCCAGAGAAGCCAGUCGACGAGGCUUUGGCCAAGAACUAACACGCGUUUCCGCUUCUCCUAUUGGAAACCCUAUUUCUCCAUCCUAGAAUUCACCCGUUGUGACUUCGUUAUCUCCAUGCUUGCGAUAGUUUCUCUCUUUUGUCAAGCGCGUGGCUCAUACUCUGUACGGCGAUUUGUUUGACGACCUGCCUAAUCUGUCUGAUGAUUAUGAUGAAAGAAAACGAUGCAACGUUAUGUAGCGGAGAGACUGCUCAAGUUUUCUAUGCCAUUGGAGCGUUGUUUGUCCCCUUGGUUUUGAACUCCAUUUGGCCUCAAUGCAUGUUGCAGCGAUUACACAAGGCAAUUCUCUACUCUUGAAGGCAAUCAAUCUACUGAACAGACUUGCUGAGCUUUGAACCCAAUUUAAUGCUCCGGGGUAUUCUCUAGGUUACUGGGCUACUGGAGGAGUUUGUUUCAAAGAAUCCCAAUCUAAUGGCGAACUCACUACCC